AAACUGUGCCUUUGGACGCCAUCUUGGCUCAGUGCUCGUAUUACGAGUAGAGAGCGUCAGUCUUACUGUUAGAUCCGUAAUGACAUCAGUUUCCUGCAUGCGCUUACAGUUGUUCCCUGGUCACUGCACGAGUCAUGAACGCUGCUUCGCUGGUCCAGAGGGUAGCAGGGAUUUCUGGAGCUCUUGCUGUCGCAGCAGGUGCAUAUGGAGCUCACGGAUUCAGACACAGUGAAGCGAGUGAUUACCAGAGAGAGUUGUAUGAUACAGCAAACAAGUAUCACAUCUACCACAGUCUGGCAUUGUUAGGAGCUGCUCGCUGUAGAAAACCUGCUCUGGCGGGGGCAGUCCUCCUCGCUGGCAUGGGCUGCUUCUGUGGUCCCCUCUACCACCAGGCCUUAACCAAUGACCCCAGCUUCAGCAAGCUUGCACCAUUUGGAGGCUCAUUGCUCAUCGUUGGCUGGGCUGCGAUGGCUCUUUGAACUUUGACUCCAUCUGACCUUGACCCAUGUGGUUUUAACAUUCUCAGCAAUUAUGUUCUGUUUUUGUCAUUUGAACAUGAAAAGAGGAGCUAUAGGGUAGCUGAAGAGGAAAGGGGUGGGGAAUUUCACAUCUUAUCUAACCCCUUUUCAGUCAUGUCUGGAAAGUGAUGAUAAGGCCUUGGGAUCAAACAUAAUUCUUUUUUUCUCCACACUGUCACAGGCAUCUUUAUUUUGUCAGCAUGGGGAAAAAAAAACUUUUGAGACUCUUUCCUUUGUGGCUUAUUACUGAGAGUCAAUGAGUCACACUCUGGGUUUGUUCAUGUCUUGAAAGUGUAUGUACAUACUUUUCCUUUGUUUGAAAAAAUAAAGCUGACUGCCAGUUUGACCUUC